AUGACUCACCUUAAAUUCGUCACCCUCGAUGUCUUCACAUCAACACCUUACUUCGGAAACCCGCUAGCAGUAGUUUUCCUUCCAGAUGACGACUCAACCGCUCUCACCCAGAGCCAGAAGCAAACCAUCGCACGGGAAUUCAAUCUAUCGGAGAGUAUUUUCGUGCACCCAGUACGCGAGAAGAGCAAGCGCACCAUCGACAUCUUCACUACAGACUGCGAAAUCCCCUUCGCAGGCCAUCCCACCAUUGGCGCAGCCUCCUGGUUCCUGAGCCACUCAGUCGACCCCGCUGAUGGCGAUGGCGUCACCACCCUCGCGACCAAGUCCGGCGAUAUCCCCAUCUCUGUCCAGAAUCGCGAGGCCAAAUACGUUGCUGCGCAGGUUGCGCACAAUACGCGCAUCCAUACUGCGCGGUUUAGCUUGAAGGAGCUGGUGACGCUGCACCCGACGCUGUCGCCGUUUUUUACACGACCAGAUGUUACUUUCCCGCUCUUUUCCAUUGUCAAUGGGAUGAGUCAGUUGUUUAUUGAGCUUCCUUCGCUUGAGGCGUUGGCUGCUGUUACGCCUGCAACCGGCGGUGAGCUGGUUUCUGCUGAUUAUCUUGAUGAGGGGUGGAGGUCUGGGUUGAUCUGUGUGUACUUCAUUGUUCGAGAUGUUGAGGAUAGCGUCACGAAGAAGAAGGUCAUUCGGUCCAGGACGAUACUGGGAACCCUGGAAGAUCCAGCUACUGGCAGUGCGGCUAGUGGGCUGGCGGCGUACCUAACACUCACGGAGGGCAAGGCUGGUCAGAAUUAUCAAUACCAUGUUGUGCAGGGUGUUGAAAUGGGCCGCCGCAGUGACAUUGGUGUUGGGGUUACGUUGGAUGGCGACAAGAUGGUUGAACAGGUUGUGCUGACAGGCACUGCUGUUAGCGUGUCUGAGGGAAAGGUGCUGGUUCCUGCUCACUGA